AUGCUUAUUCACAAUAAUCAAGAUGAUACUUUAAGCCAGAAAAAGAUUUUUAAAAUUGCAGUUACAAUUGAUACAAUAUAUAAAGAAGCUAUUCUUAGUUUUAAAUGGUUAGAAGAAUUAUCAGAACAUGAAGAACCAUUAUCCGAAGGCCUCUUAUUUUUUGCUUUUGAUAAUAAACAAAGAGAACAAAAAAAUUAUCUUGAUUAA